AUGGGCAUUCUAAGAGACACGAUCGGUUCAGCCGUAGACGCUGCAACAGAGAGUAGUCAGAAAAAGAGGUCUCCUUAUAAUUCAAGGCAAAUGCCAUCAACACGACGAGAUCUGUCGCCUUAUGAUGCAUUUCCAUCCUCGUCUCAAGGAGGUCAGCCACGCACAAGACAAAAUCAUAACCAGAAGUCGAAGGAUCGAUCGCCUGAGAUAGAGAAUUUCUCUACUCGAGAUGGCUUCAGCAGCCAGCAACAGCCUGGAUGUCGCUAUAACGACGAACCGCCCUCAUAUUCAGUGCACGCUUACGAUGCACCCUUGAGCAGUCGACCUAGAAGCAGCCAGAUGCCUUCACAAAGCAAUGUCUAUCAACAUCCAUCAUAUAGUUUCUCUUCCCCUGAGACCAUGUCUACGGAUACACGAUUCUCCGGCCAACCGUCCUUCCAAAACACUGAGUUCCGACCUCUGAUUCUCCCGCAGAUUGCAUUCGGAGCAGGAGAGCCCUUCCUACGUGGUUACAGCUCCGAAAUCAGUAGGUACGGUAUCUCACGCGAUCAAUUCCUUCAAGUCGUGGAUGAGAUCAAUCUCGCCCGUACACCCAACCCAGAGGUACAAUUGUUCCAAAAGGGUGCCAACAUUGCCGGGUGGUUUCUGCCUGGUGUUGCCAGUAUCGGACUCAUGGCAGGUCAAGCCGGCAUUGGUCUUGCUACGGCGUUCGGCCAUGCAUCGAUAGUUUCAAAGGCCUUAUCAAAGGCCAAUAUGGAGCUAUUUGCCCCCAAUGGACUCGAGAUAUGUAUCAUCAAGACCCAAGACCUUGAUACGGAACUGUGCAUCUCCUCCCAUGGAAUACGAGAUGUGCCAUACACCUCGUCACCAGUUGAUAGACUGAGCACUUAUGGACCUCGAAUUGCCUUUGUGAAUGAUAUCCUACCAGAAAGAUCAGACAUGGGACGACAAGACCCUCUUGCCAUGGCUGGUCGAGCACUUAACAAAAGGUCAAACAAGAGGAAGGCCCAAGACGCACAGGAGAAGUUAGACAAAGGCGAAAGGAAGGGAAAAGGAAUAGGACGACUCUUUAAGUCAUAUAAUGACAUUGAGUGGCUUGUGGUGAAGCCAGCGCCUCCUAUAAGCACUGGACAAUUGCAUUAA